AUGGCGCUGGCGGCGGCGCACGCGGCUUUCCGGGUACGUUCUUCAGAGGGGCUGCGCUACAAGGUCACCGUCUCCCUGCCGCUAGGCUAUGACAGGCCAGAGGAGGCUGGCCUCCGCUAUCCGGUCGUGCUCGCGCUGGACGCGGAGCCGUACCUGUUCCCGCUGCUCGCCACGGCGGCGCGCACCAACCACUUCUUCAAGCGCUCGUCGUGGUACCCAUCGUCCCUGAUCCCGCUCAUCGACAGCAAGUACCGGACGUCGAAGGGGGAUAGGGCCCUCGUCGGCAAGUCUUUCGGCGGCAGCGCUGUCUUGCACGCCAUGCUGGACCAGGAGUGCUCUCCGCUGUUCAGCCACUACCUCCUGGGCUCGCCGUCCAUCUCCUGGGACGACCGUGCCUUCUUCCGGCUCGAGGAGGAGUCCCACAAGUCCAGGAGGCCCCUCUCUGCCGCGGUGUACUACGCCGUCGGCGGCAGAGAGCCCAGCCAGCCCGGCAGCGCGAGGGACUUUGAGCGGGUUUUGUGCAGCCGCGGCUACCCGGACCUGAGCAUCACGGUGGACGUGGUGGAGGGCGAGGACCACGGCUCGCUGUCCUACCCCUUUGUGUGCCGGGGCCUCAACUGGCUUGCGGCGUCGCUGGCGCGGUCCCGCGCGUGA